AUGCCGAUCAAGUACAGCUGCGUUAAUGACGAGACCAAGCUUCUGGCCGAGCACCCGGCCGGCGAGCAGCCCAAGCUGGCCGAGACGAUGCAGAAGGUCAUUGCUACCGUGCCACCCAAAGAGUAUCGCCACAAGACGAUCGAGGACAAGGAUGGCGGCGUCAACUACAACUAUAUCAGCAACGGCGAGGGACGCAUUGUGGCGUGCGUGACAACAAGUGACAUGCGCAUGCGCACGGUCUUCGCGUUUCUGGAGGCUGUCGAGCCACUAGUUCGCGGCAGCGUCGGUACACAGGGCUCUGAGUUGCGCAAUGGCAAGAAACUGCUGCAGCAGAAGAUGGAGUUCUACAACAACCCUCAGAACGACAAGAUCACCGCGCUGAAUGAUGACAUCAAUCAGGUAGUGGAUGUCAUGAUAGAUAACAUGGACAAGGUGCUAGCGCGUGGUGACCGUAUCGACACGCUGCACGAGAAGUCCUCCACUCUGGCGGAUCAGGCGCAGCAGUUCCAGCAGCGCUCCACGGAGCUAAAGCGAAACCUCUGCAUGAAGAACCUGAAGCUUACCCUCAUGAUUGUUGGCGCCGUGAUCGUUGUUCUCGUCAUCAUACUUAUGAUUGCGUGCAAGCCCAACUUCUCACGCUGCCGUUGA